GAGCGGGCAGCAGCGGCGGCGGCGAUGGCGGCCGCGGGGCGCUCCGGCCUGGAGGAGCUGCAGCUCACGGCCGAGGAGGUGGAGCGGCUGAAGGGCGCCUUCCGCGACGAGCGGUUCCGGGCGCUGCUGGCGGAGUACGCGGCCGAGCUGGCCGACCCGGAGCAGCGGCGGCGGUACGAGGAGGAGGUGACGGCGCUGGAGCGGGAGCGCGGGGUGGAGGUGCGCUUCGUGCACCCGGCGCCGGGCUACGUGCUGCGGACCAGCCAGGGGGGCGCCCAGCGCUGCUACCUCAACGUCUGCAGCAACCCGCUGCUGGGCCGGCCCCAGGCCCGCGCCGAGCCCCGCGGCCACCGCUGGGCCCUGCCCUACAGCCUGGCCCCCGGCCGCGAGGAGCUGGGCCGCGCCGGCCACCGGCGCCUGGUCUACGACGUGGUCUUCCACCCGGAGACGCUGCGCCUGGCCGCCCGCAGCGCCCGCUUCAGGCGCAUGGUGAGCGACACGGCGCUGGAGGCGGUGCAGAGCCGCUUCGGGGUGCAGCUGGACCGGGCCAACGCCGUCCCGCUGCGGGGCACCGCCUACAAGGGGGUCCCGCAGGCCUCCGUCAUCCGCACUCCGCUGCCGGGGGGCGCCCCGCCGCGGGCCGAGGAGCCCGACUCCCCGCUGCCCCCCUUCCCUUCCCCCUACUCCUACCCCGCCAGCAGCGCCCCGCCGCCGGCCCCCGCCGCGCCGCCCGGCCCCCAGGGCGGGGAGGGGGCUCGGCCCCCGUCCCCCACCGCGCCCCGCUGGAGCCUGCGGCACCGCUCCUACGUGGACCUGCAGGACUAUCGCUGCUGCCGGGACUCGGCGCCCAGCCCGGUGCCCCGGGAGCUGGUGGUGACCAUCGAGCUGCCGCUGCUGAGCUCCGCCGGCCAGGCCGCCCUGGAGAUCCGGGGGCGGGAGCUGCGCCUGGACUCGCCGCGGCCCGCCUACCGCCUCCGCCUCCGCCUGCCCUACGCGGUGGACGAGAACCGCGGCCAGGCCACCUUCAACAAGGCCAAGCGGCAGCUGCUGGUCACGCUGCCCGUCCUGCCUCCGCCCGGCCCGAGCCUCGCGGCCUCUGCAGAGCCCAGCGGAGCGAGCCCGGAGGAGCCCGAGGCCGGCCUUGCUACGGGCCAGGAGCAGCGGGAAGAGGCUGGCCCGGCAGCCGGGGAGGAGGAGCUCGGGCUGCCUCCAACUGAGCAAGCGUGUGCGCCAGGCGGUAGCGGCCGGGCCCCCGGCAGCCUGACUCCUGCCGGGAGAGCGGUGUGCCCCGGCAGCAUGGAUCUCACCUCGUGCACCGCCACCAGCAGCGAGGCGGAUCCUCCCCUGGCACCCAGUAACGGCACAGAUCUUCCCACCAGUCCCAGCCACAGCCUGUGCCCUGCCGUGCCCACCGAGUGCCUUAGCCGAGGCGGCUACCCAGACCUUCCUGCGGCCCCCAGCACCUUGGCCGUUCCGGUUUGUCCCCCCUUCCAGUGCACCCAAGACGAAGAAUCUCUGACCCUGCUCUUGCAGGUGCCAAACAUCCAGCCAGAGAGUUUGAAGGGGGAAGUCGGCACAAAUCACUAUAAGCUCCGUUUCUGUUCCAAGGACGCUGCUUCCUACUCCUUCCUCUUACAGUUUCCUCUUGAAAACAAGCUGACCCACCCAGAGACUGGUAUUAAUGUCUCCCCCAACAACGCUGUAAUAGGACUAGCCAAAUCUCCUGAGAGUGCUGGACUUUGGGGGAAGAUGUACUUCGGCGUAAACAGCAACGCUCUGCAGGAAAGGUGGUUUGUCAGUGAAGAAAAUGUUGAUGAAUUUCUGGACAGUGUUUUGUGCCCUUCAUUCCUCAAACAGACAACACUGGAAAGCCAACCAUUAAUUGAAGUACUUGAUGUUACUGAGGUCAAAAGUCAAAUCAGAUUAAAGGUAAGGAUCUGCUUAGCAAUGGAAAGGUGGUUUGUCAGUGAAGAAAAUGUUGAUGAAUUUCUGGACAGUGUUUUGUGCCCUUCAUUCCUCAAACAGACAACACUGGAAAGCCAACCAUUAAUUGAAGUACUUGAUGUUACUGAGGUCAAAAGUCAAAUCAGAUUAAAGUCACAGGAGGGUAAACAGUGUGAACUUGGUGAAAAAGAACAAACAGUUAACAAUUCAGGAAGAGAUCAAGUUGAAAAAGAGAAUAGAAACUACUUCAAAACAAAUACAGAAGCCACCCAUAUUGCAGCUGACACAGCUGGAGAACAUGGCAUGGAAACUGACAUGACUUCUGGAUCUUUUACAACUGAUAAAACAAUAGGAGUAGUAGAUUGUAGUUCAGACCAUUGUUUGCAGCUUGAACCUAUUGACACUAGUUUAGCAAUUUCUGGGAAAUCUCAGAUAAAUGAACCACAGUUAGAACUUGCUUUCACAACAGGCAAAAGUGCCACGUCCUCAGACUGUGAAAAGCAAGAAUUACUUCAUUUGGAAGAGCAGGCAAAAAUAAGAAAGGAUGAAGAGGUCAUGUCUUCAGAGCCAGCAGAAGAGAACCAACAUAAUUUGAACUGUACUCCAGUUGUAAAGGAAAUUAAUAUGCAAGAUGGAAGUGUGCAAAUUGUUAGAGAUCACACAACGCACUGUCCAUUCAUUUUUCAAAAUGCUUUGUUGUAUGAGUUGGAUUAAGCUAUGGCAGGAUUUUAAUUAUAAUGGUCAGUUUAUCAUCUGCAGUUCAGGCUUCUGGUUUUUUUGGCAUUUAAAUCAUUGCAUGGAAACCAGAAAUCUGAACCUGAUUCUGACAGCUUCAGUAAGAGGAACUGAUUUAAUUGUUUUGUUUACAAGUCAACUUUUGUUAAUUUUGAUUUUUUACAAGUUUUAAACUUUCUUUAAAAUAAAAGUAUUUUCAAAAGAAAUGUUAAAUUGAGUAGAAAUUAAAACAUAUAAACAGCAACAGUGGAUUACUUUCCCUUCAAGAACUUGGACUCGGAUCUUGAUUAGUUGGGUAAUCUCUCUAAUGUAUUGAAGUUUUUUUUAUAUGUUUGUGUAUGUACUGUGUUUUUGUAAUGCUUCUCUCCAGAUUUGGUAUCUUUGUUCAACCUACUGACAAGCAAUACCCAUCAUUUGAAGUAAAUAUUUGCCAAUACUCAUUUUGUGGAUUGUAAGGUUAGACUGCUAGUGAUUUUUGGCAAAUAGAAUUUUUCAUUCCAGGGAGAAACCCACUUUUUAAUUAGUCUCCUUAAAAUAAAUGUUUAUAUUGCUAUCUUAUCCUACUACUUUCCGUCAGAUAUACAGUAUCCAAAUACACCAGUGCAACCAUGUUUAACUAAUUUGUUUCUUUAUUAUCCAGUGUAUUAAAACCUGCAUUUCCCAACAUCUCUGCAUCUAUUCAUGUAUAGUCUUCUAGUAUAGAGUCAAUUUGUCUAAAUUAUUCCUACCACUCAAAAUAAGUUUCCGGGGUUUAAAUAUGCUGCCUGUUGGGAUUGCAUGGCAGUGGAAGAGCAACAAUAAGCAAGCAGACUUCUAAGCUUUGAUAUUAAACUUUCAGAUCCCUUUUCUGUCACUUUCCAAAAAACAGCAAAAACCAGUUCCUUUACAAACUGUUGUACAUGCUGAAGAAAAUGUACUUCUGAACAAACUUAGGUUAAAUUUGAUUUACAGUUCAAAUCUCCCAUAAAAUUAGGUUGCUUACAUAGCUGUGCCAACCGCAAGUACUGAAUUUUAUUGCUUGUGACAACUCUAAAAUGUAUGUACUGUACUGUGUUGGUUCCAGGAUAUUAGAGACACAAGGUGGAUAAGGUAAUAACUUUCAUUGGACCAACUUCCUGUUGGUGAGAGAGACUUACACGGAGCUUUUCUUCAAGUCAAAUCUGAAGAAGAGCUCUGCAUAAGCAGGAAAGCAUCUCUCUCUCACCAACAGGAAGUUGGUUCAGUAAAAGAAACUACCUCACCCAUCUUCUCUAACUCUAAAAUUUGACAGUUAAAUUACCCAGGAGAACAAUUUGUUUUGGCACACAUCCUGUUUUUUUUUUAAAGUAAUAAACAUCCACAUAUUGAGAUGGCUUCAUAACAGUUGUUUCCUCUCCAGUGAAUACAUUUAAGCAAUUUAUUCACAUCCCAUAAAGGAGAGAAAAUUAACAGAGUUUUGUUGAAAGUUGUCUUAUCUAUCAGCACACAAGUUAAGCAGUUUCAUUGAGCAAUAAUUAUUUUUAGACAGGAACAAAAGGCCACUGACCCUCUAUUAUCUUAAUACAAGUGCAGUAGUUUUUUCUUCAGCCUUAAUGUAACAAAUUUAUCCAAUCACUUUUUUUUAUUAAUGUCUGUAAGUCAUCUAGCUACAUGAAAGUAUUUUUAGAAUAAUUCCUGUCACCCAAUUUUUUCAAGCUUGGUAUGUAUUUGAUAUGGUUUAUGGGGACUAGCUGAUGUUUAGAGAGUGACUGCAUUCCAGCUGUCACGUACAUUCCCCCUCUGUACUUUGUCUAGGUUGUUCAGUGAAAUCUGUUAAGGCUAUUCCACAAAACUUCUUUAACUAGUAUUGAUAAGUUUGUUAUACUUCAGGGGUAAGUGACAUUUAAAAAAAUGCAUCACUACAGUUAGAAUAGACAUUUCACUUUAACAAAUGGCAUUGUUUUGUAUUGUUUCUGGCUUUCAGUUCCAGUUCAACAUAUGUUUUCAUUAAACAGUAUGUUUAUUCUUUUUA